CUCAUUGGAUUCAGGACCCUGUCAUCGUUAAUGGCUUUUAUAAUGAGAAGAUGGAAGUUGCUGCUGUUGCUGAAUGCAUUCGCCAUGGCAGCCUUCAUUACUUUUUGGGGCAAGUGUGAUCUCCGGGCGAGUAAAGCUGGUGAUUCUCAAUCGCACCCUAAUGGAUCUGCUUUGGACCCGGGCAUUACUAAUGAGGCACUACUGAAGAGACUUGGUUCUUUAGAAGAUGUGGUUUACAGGCAACUAAAUGGUUUGUCAAAAUCUCUUGGUCUAAUUGAGGGCUUUGGAGGCCGGGGCAAAGGUGGUUUGCCUGCCACGCUGACAGCCGCUGAGGAAAAGCAAGCCAAACAUCUGCGAGAGAAGUACGGCUACGAUUCGUUUCUGAGUGACAGGAUCUCCUUGGACCGGUCGAUCCCAGAUUUUCGGCCCAACAAGUGCAAAGGGGUGUUUUAUCCCAAAGACCUGCCUCAAAUCUCCCUCAUUUUCAUCUUUGUGAACGAGGCACUGUCGGUCAUUCUGCGUUCUGUGCACUCGGCUGUCAAUCACACCCCGGUCCACCUGCUGAAAGAGAUAAUCCUGGUGGACGACAACAGUGAUGAUGAACAACUAAAAGGGCCACUGGAGGAAUAUGUCAACAAACGGUACCCGGGCCUCGUCAAGAUCGUGCGCAAUCAGAAGAGAGAGGGGCUCAUCCGCGCUCGAAUCGAGGGCUGGAGAGUGGCCACAGGAGAGGUGACUGGUUUUUUCGAUGCCCAUGUGGAGUUCACUCCAGCCUGGGCUGAACCAGUUCUGUCCAGAAUCAAGCAGAACCCCAAGAGGAUCAUCCUGCCGUCUAUAGACAACAUUAAAUAUGACACGUUCGAACUGGAGCGCUAUGAGCACUCGGGCCAUGGUUUCAACUGGGAGCUGUGGUGCAUGUAUAUCAGUCCUCCGAAAAAGUGGUGGGAUGAGGGAGACACCUCAGCACCCAUCAGGACGCCUGCAAUGAUAGGCUGCUCAUUUGUGGCAAACCGGCACUACUUCGGAGAGUUGGGCUUGCUGGAUGCUGGCAUGGAUGUCUAUGGUGGAGAGAACAUAGAGCUUGGAAUCAGGGUUUGGCUGUGUGGAGGCAGUAUGGAGGUCCUGCCAUGCUCUCGGGUCGCUCACAUUGCCAGGACGAACAAGCCGUACCACAGUGACAUCGCCUUCCACGCUAGACGCAAUGCACUGCGCGUGGCCGAGGUUUGGAUGGACGAGUACAAGUCCAAUGUCUACAUGGCCUGGAAUAUUCCGAUGGAGAACCAUGAGAUCGAUUAUGGAGACAUAUCGGCACGCGUGGCCCUGAGAAAAAGCUUGCAGUGCAAGAGCUUCGAGUGGUACCUCGACAACAUCUACCCAGAAAUGAGGCGAUACAACAGCACUCUGUUUUACGGAGAAAUUCGCAACACCAACGUGACCCAUCUGUGUGUGGAUCAGGGAAUAAAGGAGAACCACACAGCGAUCCUUCACCCCUGCCAUGGCUGGGGCCCUCAGCUGGGCCGCUAUACUAAAGAAGGCUACUUGUUUGUGGGACCACUGGGCAGCACUGGAGAGGACACAUGCUGUGUGAUGGAUGACGGCAUCAGCAGCUUACCCCAGCUGGCCAACUGCAACAAAGUCGCCAACAUAAGCCAGAAAACUUGGAACUUUGCACAGAAUGAAUCAAUUGUGAACCGGGCUACAGGACGCUGUUUAGAGGUGGUACCAGCUAAAGUCGCUUUCGGCUAUGCACUAAUCCUGAGAGGCUGCACUGGCCAGAGAUGGAACUUCAGAAACGCAGUCAGGCAACGACAGAAACACUAAGAAUCUGUAGAAGAGGUGAAAAGUAUUUCACAGUUAGACACUGAUCACAGUCCUCCACUGAAGAAGACAAUUUAUGUUCUUCAAAUGGACUGUCGAGCUACUGCAAACACCUGAGCUGCAGAGUUUACUGAGAAACCAAAUGGGAGAAGUGGAUGAGCAAAAUAAAUGCAUUUAAGUUAUUUAAAGUUGCUAAUCACAUUUAUUUUUAGCUAAUCAUUUUAAGUGAAAGAUCUUCUUCAGGUAGUAGGGUCAUCACAAAACAUACUAACGAUACACUUUAUUUUGGUAAAUUUGAGGUCAUGUCUUUCAGUCAUUUUGAGCAAAUAAAAAUGACCUUGAAUGGCAGAUUCUGAUAUUAUAACUUACAGAAAUACAGUGCUGUAAAAAUAUUGGCCCUCUACUGAUUUCCCCGGUUUAUACAUAUUUGUCGCACACGAAGGGGUUUGAACCAUUAUACAAAAUUAUUAUAAGCAAAAUGAGAAAACACAAAGCACCUUUUUAAAUUAUUUAUUUAUUUAUUAAAGAAUAUGUAACAUUUUCUUUGCUCAUGAAAAAGCACAAACUGUUUAAGGUUCAGCCUCUCCAAAGUUCUGUCCUCUCAAUGGGGUUUGUCACAACUUAAAUUGGUUAGGUGCUCUUGUAUUUGUAUUAUAAUUUUGGUCAUUUUGGCUUCUGGAAAUACCCUUCACUGUGGUUUGCUGGAGUACCAGAGCCUUACAAAUGGCUUUAAAACCCUUUCCAGACUUGGUAUGUCUAGUCUUGUUGAAUUUAAUUAAAUCAUUUAAACUUAUCAGUGACAUUUGGUUUGUUGGUUGAUCAGGGGUGGCCUGUACUUUUCAACACACAGCUAAUGGUUGUAGGAUAACCUUUACCCUGGUCAGGGUAUGUGUAUGCACAUACAGUAAAUCAUUUAAUUUGAUGUAUUUAUGUCAUGUCACAUUUUGAAAUAUCCCACCACAUCUGAUAUUUCACUAAUUACAUAUCGACAGUACAUGUCAAUGUUAGCUACAAAAAAUCAAGUUAUUAUGGUAUAUUUAAAAAGGUUAGCCUAUUGCUAUUUUUAAACACCAGAAUCUUAAGCACCCAAUCAGUCCGGUGGCACCGCUAGCGUGUGUCAAGAGUGGUGAGCUAUUGCAUAAGACUGUUGAGGCACCCGAGCACUGAUUCUGGUAUUUUUAAUAAAAACGAAGAUGUAGAAAUGUACUUACGAUAGUGUAAAAUAUUUUCUUGUGAAUAAAAAACUGUGUAUUAUUUAA